GUUGUCUUGACAAAAAAGUAUUUUAGAAAAACUGGAGGGUCUCUUGAGUUAACAGCGAACACGUAUUACAUGUCUAAACUUUCUCGCAAUCCGGGAUUUUUUGUUGAGUAACAGUUGUGUCAAGAACAGAAAACGCGACCAUGCCGCGGAAGGGCGAGAAAAUGACCGAGGAGCAGAAGAAGAAGCUCCAGGAGGGGCGAAAGGCCAAGAAGGACAAAAAAAUGGAGACGAAGAAGAAGCGCGCAGAGGCGCUGGCCAUCGCACGACAGAAGCAAAAGGAGGCCCGGGAUGCGGCGAAGAUCGCGGACGGGGGCGGUGGUAUGGUCGACAUGAUGGGACGAGCAAUUAUGGAGAAAGACAAAAAAGCGAAGAAAAGUAAGAACAACAACCCUAAGAUGAAAGUAGACACCGAGGAAGCUCUCCCGCCGCCCGAUGCGAUCGGGUUCUUCGGCCAGGGAGAGGUGCUGCGGGAGGGAUGUACCUAAUUUGAUCUGUUUUGUUUCGUACACUAACUUCAACUUUACUAUUGAUUUGUAUUUUCAGAACGACAUUGUUCACGUUCUUUUUCUUGGUGAGAUGUAACGGGUAGGCUGCAGAAAGAGACGACACGGCAACGGGAUGAAAAGUGACAGAAUGACGUAAAAUUUUGCAUGCAAAAAUCAUCAACACAGCACACACGCUGCCCGAGUCGGAGAAACUCCCGAACUUCUGAAUCCUAUCUCCGGAAAGGAAUUCAAUUUUCCGCCGCGCGACAAGUCGCACGGCAAAACCAAAAGCUGCGAUGUGUGCUGGCGCUCACCAGCAUCUGCAACGGGUCGAAGGAGGCAGUUUUCUUUCACCACGACAAAUCCGCAGCAGAAGCACUGCACAAUGGCGAUUUUCUAAGUAGUAAUUUUAAGAGCAAUAAUUUCUGAAGUGAACCUUUUUGCGGCGUUUUUGGUUUCGAGAACAGAAUCCCAGUUUGAAUUACAACCUCUGUGAAUACAAUGUAUACUUAGCCAAGUAAUAGACUAGGACUACCAGCGAUCGUUAUAUUUUCAUCUCACUAUGGGCGGUGCUGCGAGAAUCCGGUAGAACUACCCGAACUGGCCAUCAUCGUGCUUGCGUGUAUCAAAUAAACCAAACGCGGCGCGGCACGGUGUCCAUGUGAGAAGCAAGGUUUGGAAGAUGUUGUCUCGAAGGCGAAGUUUUUACGAAGGAGACAGAAAUGUUUGACAGACUGUCGAGUGGUCGUUUGCCUGGAUUGCUACUAACUUCGACCAGAUUUAGACUCAUAUUUAUUUUUAGGAUAAUCAAGGAGAUCUAGAUUUAUCAUUGUCUCACUCGACAACGAGAAGUUUCACGCUUCGACCCAGAGGUG